UCUGGAAAAUCUGUCGCAAUCGAGCGGCCCCUUUCCACGGAAGAGCCGGGUCAGGCUCGCCUCCGGUGCUCCCCCAUUUUAUGUCGUCGACUCGUCGCUGAGAGACGCUGCCGAGGCUGCGACCAAUCACCAACAGCAGGCCGCAGCAGUGCCGGUGGCAGCGCGUGCGGAGAAGCGAGCAGAGCGGGGUUCUACGGAAGAGGAUGGCGAGCCCGCAGUGCUGCGCGAACCCACCGACGCUGGACCCCGCCGGCGGGGAGGGGCAGGUCGUGGACAGCUUCGGCGGGAUCAAGGCGUACGUCUCCGGCGCCGCCGACUCCAAGGCCGCCGUCGUCCUCGUCUCCGACGUCUACGGGUUCGAAGCUCCGAACCUGAGGAAAAUAGCCGACAAAGUUGCCUCCUCUGGAUACUUUGUCAUGGUGCCAGAUUUCUUACAUGGGGAUCCCUUUGUACGUGAAAAUACAGAGAGACCGAUACAAGUGUGGAUAAAAGAGCAUGGCGCGGAUAAAGGGUUUGAAGAAGCAAAACCAGUUAUUGCUGCUCUAAAGGAGAAAGGAGUGUCUAGUAUUGGGGCUGUCGGUUAUUGCUGGGGUGCAAAGGUGGUGGUAGAGUUAGCGAAAGCUCAUGAGAUCCAGGCUGCUGUGAUGUGUCACCCCUCUUUUGUUACUGUUGAUGAUAUCAAAGAGGUUAAAUGCCCAAUUGCUAUACUCGGAGCUGAAACUGACAUUAUGUCCCCACCAGAAUUGAUCAAGCAGUUUGAGCAGGUUCUUUCUUCUAAGUCAAGGAUUGCUCACUUCGUCAAGAUUUUCCCUGGGGUCGAGCAUGGAUGGACUGUGAGAUACAAGAAUGACGACGCAGCUGCUGUCAAGAGCGCCGAGGAGGCCCUGGCAGACAUGACCGACUGGUUUAAUAAGAACCUGAAGUGAAUUUGACUUAGCAGCGCUCCAUGCUCCAUUGCAAGCAUCCUGAAUUCAUGUUUUAUGAGAAUAACGGUAUGGCCUAAAUUAUGGUGACUGGUGAGUAGGCUUCCCAGUCUGCUUUUGCUGUACCUAUGCUUUGCUUAUGUGUGUGUGCUUGUGUCAAACUGAACUUCCACUUAUAUGCAAUAAAAAUGGAUGCGGGCAUCUUUCCGGUUUGGUGGUAACGAAAA